UCUUAUGUCAUAAUGUCAGUUGUCACUAACUGUUAACUCGAAAACUUUCGUAUUGCUCUACUUGUAGAAAGAAAAUUUAUUAAUAAAAUAAAAGUAACAUAAUAAAUAUAUCGUAUCUAAGCAAUGAACCCGUUACACAAAUAUAUUUUUGCAUUUGUAAUGAUGAAAUAAUUGGCUACGUCACAACUACUUAGAAAGUCACUAAAUUUGAUUCUACUGCUUUUUAGUUUACAAUGGGCGAUUUAUAUAUUGCAGUUGUUUGUUCAUCCAAUAUGAAUAGGAGUAUGGAAGCUCAUGCCUUCCUUGCCAAAAAAGGGUUCAAAGUGAAAUCAUUUGGAACAGGUGAAAAGGUUAAGUUACCAGGAGCUUCAGCAGAUCGCCCUAAUUGCUACGAAUUUGGUGUACCAUACGAUGAUAUUUAUAAUGAUUUACUAGAAAAAGAUAAAGCAUAUUAUACCCAAAAUGGUUUACUACACAUGCUAGAUAGAAAUCGAAGAAUAAAACCAUGUCCUGAGAAGUUUCAAGUGAGCACCGAGCGUUUUGAUGUUGUUAUAACAUGUGAAGAGAGAGUGUAUGACCAGGUAAUAGAAUGGUUUGGGUCAAAAAGAUCAAUAUAUAACCAACCAGUUCAUGUUAUUAAUAUAGAUAUUCAAGACAACCAUGAAGAAGCUACAAUUGGAGCGUUCCUAAUAAGUGAUAUGGUUACGAAAAUGGCUCAAAGUGACGAUUUAGAUAAUGAUAUUGAUGAACUGUUACAUGAUUUUGAAUCAAAGUGCCACAGACCAAUCUUAAAUUGUAUCAUGUUUUAUUGACAAAACAUUAAACUUCAUUGGCCUAUAGUUUGCCAAUGCAUUAAAAUGCUUACAUCAUGAUAAUAAAUACAAUAUUGUAACAAAACUUUUCCAUAGCAUAUUUUCUAGGUUGUUUGAUAUUUUUUAUACUGAAUAUAAAUAACAAUAGAUUGGAUUAUUAUAACAAAGUCAAAAGAUUCUUUGAAACAUA